CUCGGAAGUAUCAUGGCCGGUCUAGCAUGAGCCAUGCUGGCAGUACACGAGGCUGGAUUUCCCAAGCUGUUGUGAUUUUCUACAUCUUGCUUCCUCGCUUCGACUGUCACCCAUGCCUAAACAGGCUUCCAUAUCGUUUCCUCAAAGGAUGCUGAAGAUAUUAUGGAAGUUUCUCCAUAACUUUGUUGGCAGCCGUUCGUUUUUAAAGGCCUUUUUUUCUCUGUUAUCUGUCUUUGAGCGCCAAUUUGAUUGUGAUUCAAGCACCCUUGACGGCAAAACGUCUGUCAAAGGCUUACAACGUACCGGCGGCAAUCAUCCAUGUCCACCUACAGAUUCAAGUCCCCAACAUUGUGCAUUGUCUCCGAUGGACCGUGUCAAUGAAGAGGGACCUGUACCAGCGAUAUCCCGUAGUAGCAUUCCACCUGACGGCUCCCCAUACCGCUGUUCCAUCGGGCAUACCUCAAGGUCCUCGCUAGAUUCUGUCCCAUGCACGAUUUCUCAACUCCCAUUGCCACACCCGCAGCAAGUCGCUCCGAGUCGCAGUUGAAUUUAGACGACUACGCUCAUGUGGAUAUAUCGACUAGACGUAUACACCGUCAUAGUUCUCGACCUUCAUCCAUUGUGCAGUCGUUAACUGGAAAAGAUCCGCACCAUCGAUAUCCUCCCUCGAAUGCUCCGCCAUCAAACCGUGCUAUGCUAGGCGACGUCACUACGUUGACCGUUGCCUAUCCUGCCUUCUGGCCUUUGGCGCCUGAACAGGUUCAAAGAUAUGAAAGAGAACUCGUAUCUCCCAAUCGGACAGACUACUGGAUCGGUCCUCUGACGAUUUCUUUUCGUCCUGACCAUUGUCAUAACGGUUGGUUAACGUAUGUGCACCCUGAAGGUGCUCGCUACUUUAUUCACGAGAGGAAGGUGUCCCCAUGCACUGGUAACUAUCAUGACGCCAUGAUAUACUCCGGAUGUUUGUUACCUAGGAUAUUCACGGAUAUUAACAUCUACGAUCCGGACAAGUUAGACCUCAUUACAAAGUUUAUGGUCGAUAUGGAGGACUACAUUCGGGCAAAGGGUAUCAACAUACAUCCCAAUGUUGAUCUUGUGUUCGACCUUAGACGAGACCCAGACAAUGGCGAUAUUUGUUGCGCAUAUUACUUCGCAAGCCAUGAUGAUCGGUCUAUCUUUUGGUUGGACGACUUCAAUUCCAUCUAUCUCGACAGAUGCAACGAAGUCGACGGUGUCACUGAGCAGUCCCAUAUUGGUCACGAAAUAGAGGCGCAGUACUGGUAUCAUUGUCAAUUAUUCCCCACAUGUCUGGAGAUGACUGAAGAUGUCAUUGACGAACUCAGGGAUAUCCUAAUCUUCUGUCUCGGAGAUAUCAUGACUUCACCGGUGCCCUACUCUUCAUAUGGUGAAAUGGACCUACAACCGAUGCUAACUCUGACGGACACUAUCAAGGAAUCCGUCAAAACUGGCCAAAGAGGACUUCCGGGGUCGGCCGUUUCAUGUAUAUUUUCGUCCAACAACGAUUUUACAACUUCCAUGGACAGCCUGGUGCCCGGCUUGAGCGCGAAAAAGAAGAUCCAGGGUGACGGACUAGUCAGCAAUGAUCAAUGGCGCGCCUUUGUCGCGAAAAUGGACACUGAACGGAAAGAUUUCCUCCUUAAUGCUACUGUCUUGCUCAAUGCCAAUGUCGCUUUCUUGGCUAUUCAGAGUGUUGAUGAAUCUAGUGCUAGUGCGGGUCGUUCACUCCCACAGGUUUUGAGUUACGUAUCGGUAAUUGGGAGCAUCGGCUGUAUUGUUUUGGCCGUUCGGGAACAGCAAUUCCUAUACCUUGACUUGAAGAAAUCUUCCCUGGAGUCUGUGGCCAUCAUGUAUAGUUUGCCUUGGGCUCUUCUCAUGUGGGCCAUGCUCUCUUUCUCACUGGCAUUCAGCCUUGUAUGUUUUACCGCCUCUGACUUGGCUGUUCGAAUGGGUGUAGGUAGCGCAUGGUUAACUGUCGGUGUUCUCAUCCUCUGGUGCAUCAUGGCACCCCGAAAAUCGGAGCCUUGGUCUAUGCUCACGUCGGCGUUCUGGAAGGAUCUUCGUGGCCGAUUGUCCGUUCGUCCGUAUUUGAACGUCGUGAAGAGUUUUAUCAAUAGCGACACGGAAGGAAAAUCCUCAGAUGUAACAGUGGUUAGCGUAUGA